AUUUGUACGCCUUAUCUGUCACACACACACAUACACACAGGCGCGAUUCUGCUAAUAUCAAAAGUCAUUGAGCCGCUGUGUGUGACGCUAGCUGUCAUCAGUCCAAGUAAAGCAGGCAACGGCAGCGGUCGCACAUACCGGGGGUACGCAGUUUAUCAUAAUUCAAAAAAAAAAUCUACAACACGUUAUCAGCGUACCAUCAUGUGCGACGAAAACGAAAUAAAGGCAGCCUUCGAAACAGUGCUGGAAUUGGUGAAACAGUGUAACGAAAUAGUGCUCGAGGGAUUUCGCUCCGCUUCUAAGCAGGUGGAGGUGAAAGGUAAACAUUGGGAUCUGGUGACCGUGUACGACCAGCGAGUGGAGGACAUUUUGAUCGCGGGACUUCGGCAACAGUUUCCACAUCACAAAUUUUGCGCAGAAGAAUCGGCGUUCGCUAGUGGAGCCAAGCUGAUUCUCGGACCGGAGCCAACGUGGAUAAUUGAUCCAAUUGAUGGCACGGUCAACUUCGUGCGAGGCGUACCCUUCACGUGUAUUUCUGUCGCACUGGCGGUCAAUCAUGAACUACAGAUCGCAAUCAUAGCGAACCCAACCGCCAAUGAGCUAUUCACUGCCAUUAAAGGGCAAGGGUCAUUCCUGAACGGUUCCCGGAUCCACACGCGCAACACGAAGGAACUGAAGGAUGCCCUCGUGGGACAUGAAUUUUCCAUCGGAAGCUAUAAGCCGAUACGGGCGGCCCUGUUUGAGCGGGGCCAGAGGUUCAUCGCGGAGUGCGUAGGAUUGCGUGCGUUUGGUUCCGCCGCUCUCUCACUAGCAUACAUCGCUAGCGGACAGAUCGAUGCCUAUAGCAUACAGUAUCUUAAACCGUGGGACAUUGCAGCAGGCGCGCUGCUGAUCCAGGAAGCUGGCGGCACGGUUAUUAGCAUCACAGGAGGACAGUACGACAUUAUGAAGCCAGAUAUUAUAGCCGCCAGUAGUGAACCGUUGGCUCAAACGAUACUGAACAUAGUACGCGACGUUGAUGAGAAGCUAGCUCAAAUCAAGGAGUAAUACUGCCUGCCCUCCACAACCGCACUAACUAAUGGUAUACGAGCCAUUGGGUGCAGCUUUAAUUGAUAAGCAAUAAAUAUAUUGUAAUGUGUCAGGUUGAGGUUAUCGAAGAAAAAAAAAACUUUUUUUGUCGUUACCAUUACCAUACCUUUACCGAUGGUGAUGUAAAUACAGACGGUCCUCGAAAUACACGGUUAAUAGGGACCGAAAACGGCCGCAAAAUCGGAACGAAAAAUCGCGUGGUUUCCACGCCAUGAAUCUCGUGAUUUCCAGUCAAAAUAUCACCAGUUUUCAUGUAAUUUUACAAGUAGGAGGUGGUUAUACUUAAUGGAUUGUUUGAUGUGAUUCUAGCUGAAUAUAAAAAUCGCAAACCUUUUGAAAUAUUUUUUAACAUUCAAUCAAUAGGGAAAUUAUUAACAUCUGAUGUGUCAAAUCAGUACAAUGUGCUCUAAUAAUUGUCAAAUUUAGAAAACCGCGUAUACGAGGUACCGCCUGUACAUGUUAUUAAAAGCUAAAUAUAAAUAAUUAUAACACCAUCUAUCUUUAAAUUAAAAAAAGGUAUUAAAAUCAAACAGACAGUAGACUUCGUUAAAAUAUGUAUAUGUGGAGGACAGAUUGUCAUUGAUUAUCAUUCCAAAACCAGUUCAGUAGGGUUUCAGUGAUAACGAUAAGUUAUGGGUAGAGAGCAAUAUCUAAAAAGACAACAAACAGAGGUAUGUAAGUUAAAAAAAAUUAUAAUAUUGUACUAUAGAACGUACGAUACUCGUUAAGCGUGAA